AUUCUCCAAAGUAAUAACCACAUACUCAUAUUCUACAUUUAAUAUUUAGCAAAACAUAUAAAUACUCUUUGAAUGGCUUACUUGGAAUUCAAAGUCAUUUCAUUUCUCACCUUCAAAAUGAGUGGAGAGAGAACAUUCACAUUCACAUUCACAUUCACAUUCUUUUCCUUCCUUCCACUACUAUUCCUCAUCUUCAUUCCUCAAACAUCAACAGCUACUACAAAUUACCCAAUAAAUAUCUGGCCCAAGCCCACAACAUUCCUUUGGCCCAGCCCAAAAUCCAUCCUCCUCUCACCAAACUUCACCAUCUCCCACCCUAACCACCGUUACCUAACUCCCGCCGUUAACCGUUACCGCCACGUCAUCCUCACCGAACAUCACCAUCCCAUCAUAACCCCAUCCAUCAACCUAACCUCAUCAACUCCGUUACUCCACCUCAUCAUCUCCGUUUCUGACGUCACUUCACCGUUAUCUCACGGCGUUAACGAAUCCUACACUCUCUCAACUCCUUCAAACAACUCCGUUACAGCUUACAUUAACGCCGUUACCGUAUGGGGAGCUAUGAGAGGACUCGAAACAUUCUCACAACUCGUAUACGCAAAUCCUACCAAACUCGCCGUUGCUGCCGGCGUAUAUAUAUACGAUUCGCCGAUUUUUAUGCACAGAGGUGUGAUGUUGGAUACUUCUAGAAACUUCUAUGAAGUUGAUGAUUUGUUAAGGCUAAUUAAAGCUAUGAGUAUGAAUAAACUGAAUGUUUUUCAUUGGCAUAUAACUGAUUCACAUUCGUUUCCGAUUGUGUUUCCAUCGGAGCCGGAGCUUGCCGGAAAAGGAGCGUAUGGGAAUGAGAUGAUGUAUUCGCCGGCGGAUGUGAAGAAGAUCGUGGAAUUUGGAUUGGAAUAUGGUGUUAGGGUUUUACCUGAAAUUGACAUGCCUGCACAUACAGGAUCUUGGGCUGAAGCUUACCCUGAGAUAGUCACUUGUGCAAAUAUGUUCUGGUGGCCUGCUGGUGGUCCAGCUCUUGCAGCUGAACCAGGCACUGGUCAACUGAAUCCCUUGAUUCCCAAGACCUAUGAAGUUGCCAAGAAUGUCAUCCACGAUACUAUUGCCAUGUUUCCAGAUUCACUCUUUCACGCAGGAGCAGAUGAGAUCAAUUCAGCCUGUUGGAAUACUGAUCCAUCAAUCCAAAAGUUUGUUGCUAGCAAUGGAACUCUCAGUCAGCUACUCGAGAAGUUUAUCAAUAAUACCUUACCUGAAAUCCUCUCACUCAACCGUACGGUGGUGUACUGGGAGGAUGUUAUAUUGAAUGCUAAUGUGAAAGUGAAUCCAUCUCUGCUUCCUCCCGAGAAUGUUAUUAUGCAGACUUGGAAUAAUGGACCAAGCAAUACAAAAAAGCUUGUCACUUCUGGCUACCGUGUCAUUGUGUCGUCUGCAGAUUACUAUUACUUGGAUUGUGGCCAUGGGGGCUUCGUUGGAAAUGACAGCCGCUAUGACCAGCUACCAGGUAUUGACCAAGGCGAUGGUGGAUCCUGGUGCGGUCCUUUUAAGACCUGGGAAACCAUUUACAACUAUGAUAUAACCUAUGGCCUGACUGAUAAGGAGGCUCAAUUGGUAAUUGGAGGGGAAGUAGCAUUAUGGUCCGAACAAGCUGAUUCAACUGUUAUGGACUCACGAAUUUGGCCAAGAGCAUCGGCAAUGGCAGAAACAUUGUGGUCAGGGAAUUGCGAUGAAACAGGAAUGAAGAGAUAUGCAGAGGCUACUGAUCGACUGAAUGAAUGGAGGUACAGAAUGGUUGCUAGGGGAAUAGGUGCUGAACCGAUUCAGCCACUUUGGUGUCUAAAAAACCCAGGCAUGUGUAACACAGUUCAUCCAUUUACUAGCUGAUUCUUCAUCAGUGUGUACUGGUGUCUUUUCUCAGUUUGUUUUCCACUUCCUCUCAGUGUUACAUUCAAAACUGAAAAGAGGGCUAUUUAUCUGUAAUAUCUUCUAUAUUCAAAGUCAGUUUCUUAUUGUAAUACUACCUUCUAUUGUCGC